UCAACAUUUUCUAAAAUGAACAAGAUGUUAACGUUGGAAUUUCUACCAAAGGAAAUAUUUGAAGCAGAGUACAGAAGAUUCAGUAUUGAGAGUAACACUCAACAAACAUUUGAGGAAUUCCGUUCCCUUAUUGAACGUCUUCACUUUUUGAAAGAUAUUCCGUUCCUCAUUUCAUAUAUCGAUCCCAGUGAUCAGGAUCUAUUACCCAUAAAUAAUGACGAUAACCUUAAGAGGGCCCUCAUCAAUGCAAAGCCCUUACUCAAGCUCAUAAUUCAAAGGAAGGGAAAUAGCUUUGAAGAACUGAACGGCUAUGGUACGCUUAAACCUAGGAAUCUCAUAUCCACCAUAUUAGGAAGCACCCCAGCCAGAGCAAAAACGCUUCCAAUUUCUAAUCCACACGACUUCAGGCAGGUGUCACAAAUAAUUGACGUAGAUAUCGUUCCAGAAACUUGCAGGAGAGUGAGAUUGUUGAAACACGGCUCUGAUAAACCAUUAGGGUUUUAUAUUAGAGAUGGUACCAGUGUGAAGGUUACUCAAAACGGUGAGUAUUUAUAUCUUAUGACUUGGAUUAAGUCGAAGAAUAAGUUUUUUCUCUGGAUAGUAGUAGUUCCGAACGAUGAUGAUAUUAGUUUACUUCAAAGGGAUUGAGAUGAUCUGUCUGAU